GCUUCUAUGCGCACGAACGAACGCGCAGAACAAUGAGGUAGCAGCCAUUUUAUGUCGGUGUCUAAGAAAAACAUAAUUCGAAUGGCCAAUCUUAAUGAAAUUGUGUAAUUAGUGCUAUAUUUUAUGUGUUACUCUACACGCUGCUAGAAUUAGGUGUUCCAUUAUCUAUGUGGCACAAGCUGAAAAUGGGGGUGAAUCAAACAGUCCGCCAUUAGUUUCCCGGCACACUGGGGCGUGGGCGUCGGGGGUGUGGCGCGGGGCGUGGGGGUCCCCGUGCCGCCCCCCGGCGACCUACUCGCCACUAUAUCCAUGUUCGAACAACAGAUCAAAGCUGAACCAAUGAGUUUCUACUCAUCCCAUCAACAUAUACACUCCGGUCCCCCAACAAUAGUUCGAUCAGAUUCCAACCAUCCUAUCAUCAAUAUGAACCAACAUCAUCCUGUACACCAAGAAGACUCGAAGGAUAGCCUGAUAGUACAACAUCAAGUACAACACCACCAGCAAGAACUUAUGGAACAACAUCAACAACAAGAAAUGCAACAAGAUGAUGAUUUAAGCUUCAAAGGAAUGGAGGAUGAAGGUGUAGAGAUGGAUAUGGAUGGGCGACAAUGUUCUCAGGGUAUGGGUGUAGAUUUAGGAUCAGUUCAAACUAAAAUGGAAGUUGCAAACGGCCAAGGGGCACCGCGGUCUAAACCUCAAGCCUGUAAGGUUUGUGGAAAAGUACUAUCGUCAGCUUCAUCUUAUUAUGUCCAUAUGAAACUCCACUCUGGCAACAAACCAUUUCAGUGUACUGUAUGUGACGCAGCAUUCUGCCGCAAGCCAUAUCUAGAAGUGCACAUGCGUACACACACAGGGGAGCGACCGUUCCAGUGUGACUUGUGUCUUAAGCGAUUCACACAAAAGUCCAGCCUGAAUACGCACAAGCGCGUUCAUACAGAUGAGCACAUGCACGCGUUGUUGGUGAAGGAGCGGCCCUACAAGUGUGAACUCUGUCAGUUGCGGUUCACGCAGAGCUCCAGCCUCAACAGACACAAGAAAAUACACACGGAGGAACACAAACGCGCGCUGCUGGCUAAGGAACGGAACUACCAAUGCGGCGUCUGCUUUAUGAGAUUCACACAGAGAUCAAGUUUGGGCCGGCACGAAAAAAUACAUACCGAGGAGCACAGACGAGCCCUGUUAGAGAAAGUGCGGCCGUACCAGUGCCACAUCUGUUUUAUGCGCUUCACUCAGAAGUCCAGCCUGGGCCGACAUGGGAAAAUACACACUGAGGAGCACAUCCAAUCGCUGAUCAACAAAGUGCGCCCCUAUCAAUGCGACAUCUGUGACAAGCGGUUCACUCAGAAGUCAAGCCUUGGCACUCAUAAACGUAUACAUACUGGGGAGCGGCCGUUCCAGUGCACCGUCUGCCUCAAGUCCUUCACGCAGAAGUGCGCGCUCAAUUUGCACGAAAAAAUACAUACGGUGCAAGGCCGUCCAUUCACGUGCGGGCAAUGCCCGGCGGCGUUCGCCCGCCGCCCCUACCUGGACAUUCACAUGCGCACGCAUACAGGCGAGCGGCCCUAUCAGUGCGACGUGUGUUUCAAGCGCUUCACGCAGAAGUCCAGCCUCAAUAUACAUAAGAGGACGCACACAGUCCAGGGGAGACCGUUCCAGUGCCUGUCGUGCCCCGCUGCCUUCACCUGCAAGCAAUACCUGGAGAUACACACGCGCACCCACACCGGCGAGCGUCCCUAUCAAUGUGACAUCUGCCUGAAGCGCUUCACACAGAAAUCCAGUCUGAACAUACACAAGCGGACGCACUCAGUGCAGGGGCGGCCGUUCCAGUGCUUGCAGUGCCCGGCCGCCUUCACCUGCAAGCAGUAUCUAGAGAUACACAACCGCACUCACACCGGCGAGCGACCCUACCAGUGUGACGUAUGCCUCAAGAGAUUCGCGCAAAAAUCUACACUCAAUAUACACAAACGAACGCACACAGUGCAAGGGCGGCCGUAUCAGUGCAUGGAGUGUCCGGCAGCGUUCACUUGCAAGCCGUACCUGGAGAUACACAUGCGCACGCACACAGGCGAGCGACCGUUCGAGUGCGACGUCUGUUACAAACGCUUCACGCAGAAGUCCACACUCAAUAUUCACAAGCGAAUACAUACCGGAGAACGCCCGUACGCUUGCGAUAUUUGUCAGAAACGAUUCGCGGUGAAAAGCUAUGUAACCGCUCAUAGAUGGUCUCAUGUGGCGGAUAAACCGCUGAACUGCGAUCGGUGCUCAAUGACGUUCACCUCAAAGUCGCAGUUCGCGCUGCACAUCCGUACACAUUCUGCUGGCUCCUGCUACGAGUGUAGUGUCUGCGGACGUACAUUCGUCAGGGACAGCUAUCUCAUAAGACAUCAUAACCGCGUGCACCGUGAAAAUCAUAGCAACGUGUCAGCGAAUAGCAUUGGAACUAUUAACAGUGUCGCCACCAACACGAACAACUCGAAUAACAGUAACUACGAAUCGCCCGGCGUUUGUGACUUAAGUUUUGUUCCACACAUGGUCAAUCGCUAUAUGACUUCGCAAGGUACACAGGUGUCAAUGCAGGACACUCAAAGCAAAAUGUCAGCAAUGUCGCCCCAGUCUAUAGCAUCGAUAUCAUCACCCCCACCACCCCACACCCCCACACCACAGCCCCAGAUGUCAGGACAAAUGCAUCUUACAGACUGAUCGCUGAUAUAGCUCUCGGUUGACAAGCGAGCAGCCAGAGUGCAAUAUUUUAAGUAUGGCAGCCAUCAACAAGAGCAGCUAUUUACAAGUUAUUAAUGAAAUGAAUGAUAUACAAGAGAAACGGGAGACUGCUAACUCCUUACUACGAAUGGUCAGCAUGGACUAAUGCACAGAUUAUAUUUUAUUUUGAGUUAUUUAUUUAUAUUUACUGUUGGUUGAGUUGGUCGACUGUGACACGCGCGUCGAUCGUCGAGACGAGAAGAGAUAGAUAGAGGAAGCCGUGUGCAGGGAUAUUAUAAAGGAUGAGCAUCGAGUUGGUUUCGUUCCGCUUGUGGAAUCCCUCGGUAACAUCAGGUGGACAUCACAAGGAGAAGGAGGAAGUAGUGAGUAGUCAAGUAGCGGUACCGCCUAUGAUAUGCAUUGUGAUUUUUACCCACAACUGUGAUUUAUCUAUACCAUCACAUAAUUAUAUUAAUUGACGUGGUGGCGUUCAUAAAUCAAUACUUAAACUCUCAUCAUUUUAGAUUGUAGGCCUAAAAUUUUUGAUCUCAUAUUCUAAUUUGCUUAGUGAUAACUUUGGAAUCGUGAAUGGUAAAUCUCCAAACUAUGAAAUUCUAAAUUGAAUGUUCAUAACAUAACUCGCUUGUCAUACAUUCUCAUUAGUGGUAGUAAAAUGUAACAAUAUCUUAUUGCGAUGCUUUAACUUAGAAUUUGUCAGUGUAUAAUUAUGGAGUUCAAUAAUUUUAUAGAACUGUUACCAAUGAGAGGUAAAGUAUUUUGAUCGCUGAGAAUUUUUAGGGACUCUAACCUCAAUAUUAAUCCAUAAGAAUGCUUUAAAGUAAUAUUCAGGUUCAUAUAAAAUAAAUAAUUAUUAAUAAAUAAGUACAAAUAAAGCCAUAAUUUGCAGAGUCCUCAGAGGCAAUAUUGAAAAGCUUCACAAAAUUAAUAAAGUUUAAUAUGAUGUUUAUUGGAGAAAUCCAGAGAAGUGCCUGUUGCAACAUAAAAUUGGCAAUAUUUUUUAAUCGUAUUGCGUUCAGAAUAAACUUAUGUUCAGUGUUCAAUGUGGCCACCGAGUGGGCGGCCGGCCGCAGGCAAUAAGUGAUAGUUCGAGCGCCGUCCGUGCGGCCGCAUGCAGCGUAUCAUUUGUGAAGCUUCUUACUAAAACUUUGUGUGCCUUCUAGCGGAUAGCGACAUUAGGCAAUAUCAAUCAUAACACCAUUAAAAACUUCAUUAUUUUUUCUAAUAUUCCAUAUAAAUGUUCAUGUUAGUGUACUCUCAUGUAUAACAUCGUAUAAUACAGUAUGUAAUGAUUACCAUUUCGGAUAUUACAGUUUGCGUUCUAUACGUUUUUUUGUGGAAUGCAAACUGUCGUCUCUUUUACUGUUUUCGAAUAAUAGUAAUUAUGUAUAGUGAUAUAGUGCAGUAGUCUUCCAAUACCUGAGACAGAGUGGUUUGUGCACUGGAGUGCAGCUAAUGUGUCCGCUGCGGGGGUUCCUUAUGGUUUGCCAUUAUUGAUAUCAAAGAUAGAUUGGUGCCAUUUCUAUGUAAUGAUGUGGUAGAGUAAGUUUAGUUAAGUCUGCAGGUCAGGGUAGAAUUGGAAAUAAAAUAUUGUAAGGGGAAUCGUCUUCGUAUUAUAUGUUACGUGUCAUAAACGUCAUUUCUGUUAUAUUCUAUAUUUUCUCCAUUACAAAUCAUACAUUAUUUUAUUUCCAUAUUGUGUGUGUCCAUGUGCUGGGUCAGGAAUUGUAAAUAUUGGUAGGGUUUAUUUAUUCAAGUAUAUAUAUUUAUAUAUCAAAAAGAGAAUACAAUUCAAUAUUAUAAUAGGAAUGUUUUGUAGAAUGGUCUCACUCUACAAUCUAAUAAUAAAGAUAUCGAACUGAGAGCAUAAUUGGAAUAAAUGUUAGAGUAUAUAGUACAGAACUAUACUUUGGGUACUAUUUACUAUAAAAAAAUCUAAAUUUCUUUGUAGAUGUACAUACGUAUACAUAUAAUAAUAUAUACAUAUGAAUGUUGUUUGAUAGUCCUCAAUAUUUUUUUAUAUUUUGAUAGUUCUGUAUUUGAAAGAAACACGAAAAAAUAGGCCAAUGUCUCAUUUAUCAUUUUUAAUAAAUAAAUAAAAUAUGUACACGAUAAUUUAAGAUAAAUAGUAAUUAUGAUGUAUGCAUUUAGUUGCCCAGAAAAGUUAGGAGUAAUAUCUUUACGCGUUUUUUUCAAAUUCUUAAAUUUUAGUAGGAUUUUUACCAAGCCAUUGAUAACAGUAUUAUUUAGACAAACUAGAACUUGGGUUUAAAGUAGUAUAAAUCUUUCAGCUACCAUUAUGAAAAAAAAUUAUCACCAUUAAAUUUUAAAAUAAUAAUUUAUCAAUAAUAGUUUGUAACAACAUUGGUAUGCACCACUUUACAGGUGCUUUCCUCUGUUGAUACCAUGUAUUAUCCAUAGAUAUUAUGAAUGAAAUAGAAACACCAA